AUGCGAAUUUGCGUCGUAAAAGGUGAUGGGCCUGCACUGUUCGGAAGGGACUGGUUGAGUCACAUCAAACUGGACUGGGGCACACUUUUUAACGUGAACUCUGUGUCAACGGAAUGCCUGAAGGUACGUCUAAAUUCUAUACUUGACAAACAUAAAGACGUGUUUAGUGACGGUAUAGGACAUGUGAAGGGCAUUAAGGCAAGGCUCACCUUAAAUGAAAAUGCUCAGCCUAAAUUCAUAAAGGCUAGGCCGGUACCGUACUCUAUUAAGCCAAAAAUAGAGAAAGAACUGGACAGUUUCGAGAGUCAAGGAAUCAUCCCGAAAUUGGACACCAGUGAAUGGGCGACACCGAUCGUUCCUGUCGUAAAAGGAAACGGCGAUGUGAGAAUAUGCGGUGAUUUUAAGGUUACCGUAAAUCAAUCAAUCAAGGUUGAUAGAUAUCCUCUCCCAAGAAUCGAGGACAUUUUCGCCAAUCUGUCAAAUGGGCGAAAAUACAGCAAGCUUGAUAUACGACAAGCGUACCUACAACUAGAAUGCGAUGACGAAACCAAGGAGUUGCUUACGAUCAACACCCACCGAGGAUUGUACCGUUACAAUCGGAUGCUAUAUGGGGUUUCUUCUGCUCCAGCUAUAUGGCAACGCACAAUGGACCAAAUUCUUCAAGGAAUCCCUGGGGUGCAGUGCAUGCUGGAUGAUAUGGUGAUUACUGGUGAAAGUGAUAAUUUGCAUUUGGAUAACUUACAAAAGGUGUUGUGUAGGUUACAGCAAUAUGGAAUUAAAGUAAAUAAGGACAAGUGUGAGUUUUUCGUGCCAAGGAUUACAUUCUGUGGUCAGGAAAUUGACGAACAAGGUUUAUGGAAGUGUCAGGAUAAAGUAGAGGCGGUAUUGAAUACACCACCUCCAUGUGAUGUUACAUCACUUAGGGCAUAUUUCAGGGUACUCAAUUAUUACCAUCGUUUUCUGCCAGAUCUCGCGACCGUAACAAAGCCCAUGAACGCAUUGCUCGAGAAAAAUCGAAAAUUCGUCUGGUCAAAAGAAUGCCAGAGCGCGUUCGAAAAGUCGAAAACACUUCGCAUUACGGAACCUGUUCUUACACACUACAACCCGGAACUUCCGGUUAGGCUCGCGUCGGAUGCCUCACCGUUCGGUAUUUCCGGUAUAUUGUCACACGUUAUGCCAGAUGGCUCAGAAAAGCCGAUCGCGUUCGCAUCAAGGUCACUUACCAAAACUUAA